CAGUCAAAUCCUUGUGCCAUCAAGGACGGCGCAGCAGCUGACCUUUCAAGAUCACGAGAGCGACGGGACGACUUUGGCGAGGGGAAAUCGGGGGUCAUUCACACACGCAUUGCGAGAAAGCGGUAGCAGCUCAGUUCCGGGGUCCAUAUCGGAAUUCCCCGCGCAACGCCAAGCAAUCAAUGCUGUGAUGGUGAAGUUCGCCGCGCGUCUUCUUCUUGACGUGCUGCUGAGCUUCGGCUGUGAUUUUGCUGCCCUGGGCGAUAAGAGGGCUUUUCGGGCGAGCAUAUUUUCGUCAUGGCAGGUGGAGGGGGAAGCGAUCCUUCUACGAACACCAGGUCGCUCGAGUAUACCCCAACAUGGGCUGUGGCAGCAGUGUGUUUCAUGUUCGUCAUCGUUUCUUUGAUCGGCGAGCGAUCGUUGCAUCAUCUGGGAAUUUGGCUUUCCAGAACAAAGCGGAAGCCUCUUAGAACAGCAUUGGAGAAAAUGAAAGAAGAGCUGAUGCUACUGGGAUUUAUUUCUCUGAUCAUCACCGUCACUGCGUCCUAUAUUUCCAAGAUAUGUAUAAGAUCGUCAUUCUAUGAUAAGCAGCGAAUGCCUUGCAAGCUGCCUCACAAAGGCGACGCUACAUAUGAUCGAAUGAUGGGCACAAGUUUGCUGGAAAUCCCUCGUCGAGAACUGGCAUCCACAGCGCAUUCUUGUCCAAAGGAACACGAGCCUUUUGUCUCGUUCCUGGGCUUGGAACAGCUCCACCGCUUCAUCUUUGUCAUGGCAGUAACUCACGUUAUCUAUUCAUGCUUGACAAUGCUCCUGGCUAUUAUGAAGGUAUAUAGCUGGAGGCCUUGGGAGCAAGAGGCCUUUGCCCACGCAGACAAUCAAGAAAAUCUUGCAGCGCUGACCAGGAACUUAACACUCAAAAGGCAAUCUACGUUCGUAGCGUGUCAGACGAGCACACCCGGCGCCAGCAACAGGCUUCUUCUCUAUUUUAUUUGCUUUUUCCGUCAAUUCGGUCUUUCGGUCACAAAGCCGGACUACCUUGCAUUGAGGAUGGGGUUUCUCACGAAGCAUAAUCUUGGACCGAAGUAUGACUUUCAUCUUUACAUGAUUCGAUCAAUGGAGGACGAGUUUAAAGAUAUCAUUGGAAUAAGUCCGCUCCUGUGGAUCUUUGUUGUCUUGUUCAUGCUCUUCAAUGUGGAAGGGACAAACUUAUACUUUUGGAUUUCUUUCCUUCCUAUUGUGAUGGUUCUUGUCGUCGGCACUAAAUUGCAACAUAUCAUAGCGACGCUUGCCCUGGACAACUCUGGUUUAUCUGGUCCGCUUAAUGGAUUCAACUUGAGACCUCGUGAUGAACUCUUCUGGUUCAAGAGGCCACGUCUUUUGUUGCGCGUCAUACACUUCAUACUUUUCCAGGUUGGUUUCGAGCUUGCAACGUUCUUUUGGAUCUGGUGGCAAUUUGGCUGGCACUCCUGCUACAUGAGUCGAAGAACUUUCGUGUAUGUUCGGGUGUUUUCUGGAUUGCUUGUGCAGAUUCUGUGCAGCUACAGUACGUUGCCGCUCUACGCAAUUGUCACGCAGAUGGGCUCGAACGACAAAAAGUUAGCUGCUCUGAAAAGCUUUGGCAACUCUCUGUACGUGGGCAAAGGACAAGACAAUAACGAGAUUGGCUUCGUGCCAGAAAAACAAGCACCUUACAGCUACGAGCUGGGGCCACUUCACAAACCCAGGACCGUAAGUGACGCAGCUAGCUAUUUCAGCUCCGAGAGCACGUACCACAGCAAGCACAACAGCGUCGAGCUGGACACCAGCGGCAUCGAGGAAUGGUACUUGAGCAAGCUCGGGGGCUAUGGACGGGAUUCCAGGCACUUGAGCUCGCGAGGCAGCGAGAUCACAGGACCGCACAGCAAGCACAACAGCUUUGUGGCGGAGAGUUUCAGCGUCAAACACAGCAAGCACAACAGCAUGGAGAUACAGACGAGCACAGCAGGAUUCUCCCAGCCGGGGAUUGUGGACAGCAACUUUAGCUUCAAAGUGACAACCGAUGCAGUUAUCCCAACCGAUGAUACUGCCGGGCUUCUCAGCGAGCACAAAAGCGCUAGUGAGGAGGCUGAUAGAGCAGUAUCAACAGUAACUCCGCCACCACCACCACCAAUCCACAGCAAACACGGGAGCUACAGCUCGGGAGGAGUCGACAACGAUUCAAGUGCUCGUCACAGCAAGCACAGAAGCGUCAGUUAAAACACAAGGAAAGAAAAGAACCAAAAAGAAAAAACCGAAGCAAGAAAAAGUUUAAGAGUGACAAAGUUCGCUAUGAGUUCAUGAGUUCUUCCGCAAUGAUAUCUCCACCCUCUCAAGAGCAUCGUAAACUUCCUUCCGAGCGUACCACGUCCCAAGCUUCCAUACAAGUUUGCUAGCAAGGUUCCAAUAAUCAGCAAGAAUCGAUCAUUUGGUAAAUAUUAAGUUGUCGGAUCUACGUAAAUCUCUUACAAAUCUUUCAUAA